UUCCACCCCAUCGCCAGCCCAUGCAGGGUGUCUACCCCUGGCUGUUCACUCCUCACGUCUGUCCUUGGGUGUUUUAUUUUAUUUUUAUUAUUUUUUUUUGUUGUUGUCCUGUGAGUUUUGAGUGUGAGUGGAUUUUUUUGGAUUGCUGAGACGUCAGGAUGAGCUCUGCGAAGGAGAAGGAGAUCGAGGCGGGGCAGGUGCCUGAGGAGGAUGAUUACUGUCUUCAACUUCCUCGACCUCUCAGCAUCGAGGAGAAGAAGUAUCUUUUGGCUGUCGAAAGGGGAGACUUGGCUAAUGUUAGGCGAAUGCUACAACUCGCUGCCAAGCCUAAUAAAGCAAAGUCCAUCGACGUCAACUGCGUGGACAGUCUGGGUCGAGGUGCCCUGACCCUCGCCAUCGAGUCCGAAAACCUGGAAAUGGUGGAGUUGCUCGUGGUUAUGGGGGUAGAAACUCGUGAUUCCCUUCUCUACGCAAUUGAUCAGGAGUUCGUAGAGGCAGUGGAGUUGCUCCUGGAGCACGAAGAGCUGCUGAUGAGCUCCGAGCUCAAUCAGCAUCCAGGUAUAAAAGACGUGACACACAGUUGGCAGAGAAUUGAUCCAGCAGCUGCUCGAUAUCCACCGGAGAUGACACCCCUCGUUCUAGCUGCUCAGAGAAAUAAUUAUGAAAUUCUCAAAUUACUUCUCGACAGAGGGGCCACCCUACCAAUGCCUCAUGAUGUCAGGUGUGGAUGCGACGACUGUCUUCGAGCGGCAACGGGAGAUCCUCUCAGACUCUCAUCCACUCGGAUUUCCGAGUACAAAGCAUUGGCUAGUCCCAGUUUGAUUGCUCUGAGCUCACCGGAUCCCCUGCUGACGGCCUUCCAGCUGAGCUGGGAGUUGCGACUCCUAGCUGUUUCUGAACCUGAGAGUCGUGCUGAAUAUCUGAAGCUUCGGAAACAAGUGGAAAAGUUUGCAGUUGAUUUGCUGCAUCAGACCCGCAGCACGGCCGAAUUAAACACGAUAUUGAACCACGACCCGGAGGCAAGUGCAACCCAACCCGGCAAACAACUGGCUAAACUCGAACUCGCUAUACAGUAUAAGCAGAAGAGUUUUGUGUCGCAUUCACACAUUCAGCAGCUUUUGGCUGCUAUUUGGUACGAGGGAGUUCCUGGCUUUCGAAGGAUGACGACAACACAGAGGAUCGGGAUUGUUAUCAAGACAGCCCUUCUAUUCCCAGUUUAUUGUCUCAUCUAUUGGUUUGCACCCGAUUCAAAGAUUGGGAGCCUCAUGCGCCGGCCUUUCAUGAAGUUCUUGGUUCAUGCGUCAUCUUAUCUCUUCUUCCUCCUUCUCCUAAUGCUGGUCUCCCAGCGUGCAGAGGUCCAGCUGAUUCGUUACCUGGGGACAGAGGCGAUGAAACGUCAGCUGCAAGAGGACCUGUUAAAACAGCGAGGAGCAGGUGCCACUCCCCUGGAAUGCCUAGUAGUGAUCUAUGUAUUGGGUUUUAUCUGGCAAGAGACCAGGGAAGUAUUCAGUGACGGUCUCAGGGCGUACCUGCGCGAUCUCUGGAACUUCAUAGACUUCACCAGGAAUUCGUUGUAUGUCGGGACAUUUGUCCUGCGUUUCGCAGCGUACGUCCAGCAGAUGACGGAAAUAAGUAGCGACGAGUCCGCUAGGUACAUCCCCAGGGAGCAGUGGAGUGAUUUUGAUCCUCAAUUAAUAGCCGAGGGAUUGUUCGCAGCAGCCAAUGUAUUCAGCGCCCUGAAACUCGUACACCUCUUCAGCAUAAAUCCACACCUGGGACCCCUGCAGAUCUCCCUGGGUCGAAUGGUCAUUGACAUCGUGAAGUUCUUCUUCAUCUAUACUCUGGUGCUUUUCGCUUUCGCUUGUGGUCUCAAUCAGCUCCUCUGGUACUUCGCUGAGUUGGAGCAACGAAAAUGCUACGUGGGAUAUGGAACAGAUCCAGAAUGGGACGCAGCUAGUGAUCCAUGUCUUCGGUGGAGAACAUUUUCAAAUCUCUUCGAGUCCUGUCAGUCUCUCUUCUGGGCAUCCUUCGGUGGCAUUGGCAUUGACAGCUUCGAAUUGACUGGUAUCAAGUCCUACACUCGUUUCUGGGGACUUCUCAUGUUCGGCUCUUACUCAGUCAUCAAUGUAAUCGUUCUUCUAAAUCUCCUCAUCGCUAUGAUGAGCGACAGUUACGCGGUAAUCGUCGAGCAUUCAGACGUCGAGUGGAAAUUCGCCCGGACAAAAUUAUGGAUGAGUUAUUUCGAAGAGUGUGGUACUCUGCCACCGCCAUUCAACAUAUUUCCACCCCCCAAGCUUUUCUUCCGGUUGUUUGGUGUCACCAAAAAACCGAAAAUUGGAAGGAACUCCUCGAGGAGUCGAAGUAAAGAGCAUAAAUAUGGAUCUGUGUUGAGAGCACUCAUCUGGAGGUACGUUGUGAAUGCUCAUACCGAGCAUGAAAUGUCACCAGUCACUGAGGACGACGUGCACGAGGUGAAGAGUGAUAUCUCCAGCUGGAGGUGUGAACUCCUUGACAUUCUCCAGCGCAAUGGCAUGGACAUUGGUUCGGUGAAUGUCAAAGACAAUGCAGUACUGGGGAAGAGGAUGAAGGUGUGGGAGAGAAGAUUGAUGAAGGACUUCCAGGUGUCAGCGCCUGUGGGAAUGGAGGAUAAUGACGAGGCUGAGGAACUGGGGGAGGUAAAUGCCGAGUCAGCAGAGCCUCCAGUUGAUGAGGAGGCCAGAGAAAAGUGGAGGAGAGUUGCGAGACUUGCUGUUCUCAAAUCAGCUGAUCGUAGGUGGGGACAGGUGAUUCAGUGUGCAGUGAAGAGCUCGCAGAUUGGGAGGAGCAAUAGUAGGGCGUCAUUGCAGAGCCAGAAGAGCCUCCGGAAAGCUAUGGAGGAGGCCAGGAAGUUGAGGGCCAGAUCACCCUUGCCAGCUGUCAGUCCUAUCAAGCUUCCAGUAGGUACGACUGACAAUAUUCUCCGAGUCCUCAAGGAUAUCAAUGAGGAUGACAGGUCACGCGCAGAGUCACCUGACAAAGGAUUCUCACCGGAUGUCUCACCCCAGGGGACCAUCAGCUCGAAGCUCAUGGCAACUGUCGGUUAUGAGGACGAGAGGGACAAGAAGAGUCCUCAGCCUCUGUUACCCUUCAAAUCGUCACCCCCGAAAGUUGUUAAACGAAGAGCUCCUGGUGUCGCUCUCCCUGGAGCACCUGGAACACAUGGAAACAUCGGAAUUCCUGUUAGUGCACCCGCCAGUCGUCCCGGGACUGUCGACGUCAGUAGAAUGAGACCAACGAGCCCUAAACCACGGCCCAACACUCUCGACAAAAUUCCCAAUAGACCAAAAACACCCCCCAAGCUUGUGGUGCCUUCCGAGGGACUCAGCCCUAGACGAUCUGGACCAAUUGCUGGGACAGGAGAUUCCUCUGCCCUCAGGGGAAGACCCAGAGCUUCGGGAAUGCCUGGAAGUCCCAGAAAAUUCUCCGAAGUCACUGUUAUCCCUCACACACCUGUGCUGGCAACUUCUCAGAGGAACGAUGACAAGUGCAGACUCGUGAAUGCCGAAGCCAGGUCACCCAGAGUCAGGUCUCCCAGACGUGGGGGGUGGCUGUAAAUUUGGAGAGGUGUUUCAUAAUCGAUUAUACGUUAAUUCAGCUAUUAAGUUAUUCAGCUGUUCGGAUUGUUCUCGAAGAUUUCGGAGAAGUAUCAAUGAUGUUUCGAAAAAUUACACUGAUAUUUUAUUGUCAUUGGAGAACAGUAUGAUUAUUAUACAUAUUAAAAUUUAUUCAUUUUUCUGAUAAUUACAUGUAACAUCCCUUA